AUGGGCAAAAAGCUCUCUGUUGUUCAAGGCGUUAAGUCAGAGAACUACACAACCCCAGGGAAUGCCGUUAAUGAGAUCUGGGUUGGAGACACCGAGCUCAUCUCCCGUCUCCCAUUUGGCUCCAGCGACAUGGAUCAAGCCAGCUGGCCGACGAACGGAGUGCCAAAGAUCCCCUGGCAUAACUUCAUCAUCCCUAUGAAACGAGACCUCGAGACCUUGGGCGCCUACAACUCCAACCUGCCUCUUGACUUCAGCGGCAUUGCUCGCGUCCCUCCAGAUCAACUGGUCUGCUGCAAUCAGCGCGGGUGCAUCACUGACCAACACUUCACCCAAACCGUCUUCACCGCGAAGCUCGUCAGUCAGGACUACUCACACCUCGACCGCGCUAUCCUCCUGACGUUUUGCGCUAUCAUCACACUGAACCUGUACAGAGGGGUGAGACGGGUAGUGACCGGUUCGUUGCGUUACAGCCAUCUAGUCCACGACUUUAUGGACGUGUGGUAUGCGGUCUCAUUCUCUGGGACUGCAACAAUGCUAAACAUAAUUGGCCUUGGAGCUGGAUGGUGGGCGAUCUCUGCUUGGUCGGGGGCUCAUGAGGCCUACCAAUUCAAGGCUGACGACUGGAAGCUCAUGGAAGAUUUGAUGAAGCUCGUUCUGUUUGUGCAGAUGUUGUUCAGUGUGUGCACUAUCAUCAUGGACUGGCUGGACGUUCUAAGGGUCCUUCGCAGGCGUAGCCGAAGGCGAAGUCAAAAUCAACCGCAGUGGAUUUUCAACGUUAGUGAAAACAGAAUGCCAAUGCCACAAAAGCCUCCUGCGGCUCUAGUCUGA